GUCUAGAGAUGUUUCAUGGUCAAUUUGCACACAUUAUUACUAUUACUAUUAAUAAUAACAUUUUUCUAACAAUGAACUAACCACAGAGCUCAUGACCCAGUUUCUCAAAAAUGUCAUGAAAGAAAUCGUACUGGAAUUGUACUGACUCCUGACACAUCAUGCAAUGGCUCUUACAGAAAAUGUAUGAAUAUUAUAUUUCUGUGAAACUAAUUGUCACAGAACACUUGCUCUAGACGCAAAGAUGGCAAUAAAACUAAAUAUUGUAAACCAGUAUGGUGGAUUUUCCACAUUUAUUUAUGUGUUUAUUCAUGUUGAACUUAUUUUGGAAUGGGCAGCCACACCCCUACCCACACUUAUGAAAUGUGAGAGGCCAACUGGCUGACUCCUUGAUUCAUCACACAUUUAUAGAAGCUCGGCUCACUCCCCCCACCCUCCCUAAAACUAACACGUAUGAGACAGCCCUUAUGGUCAUCAACUUUCCUGAUGUACCUCAACAGCUGCAGGCUACUUCACAGGCCCACUCCCUAUGUAAAUCUAUGCCACUGCCAUUUGGCUCUCGUUCUCAGUCCUCACACACAGUGCUGCAGUGAGCCCAUCCAAGUAAAGACCUCCACCAGGACCAAGCUGAUCAUAUACACCCCUAGCGCAUUCAUCCCUAGAGCAUACACUAGGCCAGCUCAGCGUGGCCCAGUUGCGUUUAUUUCGCCAGAAGCAGAGCACAGAAGAGCAGGAAAACUCUGAGGUACCAUGCAAAAGAGCACAAAGGUGAAGAUCACAUUCGUGGUCAUCCUGAUAGGCAUAGUGUGCAUGUUCACAGCCGUGGUGACGGAUCACUGGGCUGUGUUAAGCCACCAGGUGAACUCUGUAAACAGUACUUGUGAGGCAGCCCAUUUUGGCUUGUGGAGGCUCUGCAAGAAGUACAUUUACAUCGACGAUCUAGAGACCGUGGGGAAAGGAUGUGGACCGAUCAGUCUGCCAGGAGAGGUCAACUGCUCCUACUUCAGACACUUCACUCCUGGAGAAGACUCUGAGAUAUUUGAGGUUAAAACACAAAGAGAGUACAACAUCUCAGCAGCAGCCAUUGCUGUUUUCAGCCUGGCCUUCAUUAUUCUGGGAUCUCUGUGCAUUCUGGGAUCUCUAUGGAAAGGCAAGGACUAUCUCCACAAACCUGCCGGAAUGUUUUAUGCAUUUGCUGGUGUAUGUGCCAUCAUUUCAGUAGAGGUGAUGAGGCAGUCAGUAAAGAGGAUGAUUGAGAGUGAGGAGACCAUCUGGAUUGAAUACUACUACUCCUGGUCCUUCAUCUGCGCCUGCAUAGCCUUCGCCUUCCUCUUCCUCAGUGGGAUUGCCCUCCUUCUCUUCUCCAUGCCCCACAUGCCUAAGAACCCAUGGGAGACCUGCAUGGAUGCUGAGCCUGAACAGAUUGACUAGAGCCAGACCAUGUUAAAUCAUCAUUGUUCUUUUAGCCAUUACAAUCAAAUACGGGGCUUAUAGAAACACAACUGAUUUUGAUUUUCAUAUUGUUUUAGGAGGCACCAGUGUCUUCUUUUGAUUUUGUGUUACUGGGGCAUAGCUGGAGGGAUUUUGGAUUUGAACCUGAAAUAUUUUAUGACAGUUCAUUUUAUGAUGCUUAUUCAUGGGUGGUAAACAUAAUGGAACUGAUAUAACAUGUUUUGUGCUGUAAAAGUGCAUAAUGAUGCUCACAAAAGGUCUCCAUAUUUAAUGCCAAAUUAACACAUCUGUUCAUUUGGUUUAAUCACAUUUUACUGGCUAGCACCUGCAAAACAAGCUUAAGCCAGCAGGAUCAGGCAUUUUUCCUGCUUGUGUUUGAACGCUAACAGCCAGCGAGCUAUACUCUAAGUGUAGCAAUAUCAAAGUGCCAGCCAAUGAAGUCUAUUACUGGAGGACAAAAUGAAUAAAUUCAAAUCAAAGAUAAAAUGUCUUUUUCACCAUUUUACCAGCAUGUUAUUUUAAUUAUUAUCAGUGGAACUGUCAUGAAGGUAUUUUAUUUCCUCUGCCUAUUGCCAUUAUUAAUAUGGCAAGAUUGGUGGAUGGUAAAUAGUGCCAAAUUCUGAAUCUCAUUAUUGCUCCUACUACUAACACAAAUUGCAUGAGCAUGUCACACUUAUCAAUGAAAUUUUUUUAUGCUAGUUUAAUUAAAUUUUUUAUUUUAUUUUUUUAAUCUUGACAUGAGCUCAGUGUGAAACUCUUAAAAAAAUAUUUAAAUUUUGACUUAAAUUAACCAUCGUACUUUCUGAUAUGAAACUUAAAACUUUGCCAUCGUGGUCUAAAUCUGUAUAUUUCUAUAUUUCUAGCACACAGUUGAUGUGACUGAAUAGAGUUGUGUUUUAAAUGUGUGUUUCAUGUUUUAUUGCUGUACAUACUGUAUACAGACAUUUGUACUUUGGGGCUGUCAGGAACUCAGAAGUAUUUUGCCUGUGUAAUUUUUUUUUAUUUUUUUUUUUUAAAGUGAGCGAGAAUGAUGCCAUUCUAAACGACAAACAUAACAUUUGCUGAAUUGUCAUCUUCUAUAAAGUGAUUUUGCAUUCUAUUUCUAUUUAGUCCUGCUUGAUAUACCACGCUGUGGAUUUGUGGGCAUGUCUAUACUAGUCCUCUAUGCUAGCCUUGUUUUGAAAGACACUAGAUCUGUGUCUCAGCUUUCAGCUCUGAACAGAAUGUUAAUAUGCAGUUUGCCAUGGCCUCUGAAUGUCUGGCCAGAAAUUUUGGAGUGCUUUCAGUUCUGGCAGGUGUGAACACAAAUGCUGUCUUUUGCUCUUUUGGAGUUUCAAGUUUAAAAAAAAAAAAACCCUGCUAGGUCUAUU